GUUUCGCUCCCAAGGCUUUGUCCUUGCUGCGUUCUGGCUGAGAGCUCUGGGCAGAUCUUUCUUCCCCUCCUUCCCAAGAUGAUUUUGGAUCCAGGAAGUCUUUUGGACCCAGUGUCUUUCAGUGUGUUGUGCUGUGUUCCCCUUCCCCAUCUCCCUUUCUUGCACUCUCCUAGAAUUAGAUGAUCUUUGAGAUUCCUUCCAACUCCAGCCAUUCUACGAUUCUCUGAUUCUCCACAGUCUGCUCUGGUUACAGCAGCUAUUUCUCUGACCUCCAGGAAUAUCUGCUGUUCUCGGACACUUCAUGUAGUUUGAGUUCCUCCAUGCUGGCUUCGCCUGAAGCCACAACCAUUAGUGUUAUUUCCUACAGGCCAUCUGCUCUUCCUAAGUCAGAGAUGAGCCUUUUGUUUAGCUGUGCUGCUUUCCCAGCUACCAUUAUCUCUACAUCUCAGAGCCCUUUGAGCCAGUUGUGAGAUGUAAGGACUACCAGAGACCGUGGCACAGCUUCAGUCCACGACACAGAAGGACAGAGGGCUGGAGAUGUCCCAUGGCAGGACUAAGUUUUCACCUCCUUUUGCUUGCCCUGUAUCUCUUCUUGCUCUCCCCACAGAUGAACCUCGAGUCCCUGCAGAAGAGAAAUCUCAGCAGCCCCACCUCAUUUCUUCUCUCGGGGUUUUCUACUGCCUACAAAACACAGGUAUCCCUCUGCAUGGGCUUCUCUCUCAUUUACCUGGUGACUGUGUUGGGGAACCUACUCGUAGUGACUCUGGUCUGGCUGAAUACUCACCUGCAGUCCCCCAUGUACUACUUCCUGGGCCACCUCUCCUUCCUGGACAUCUGCUACUCCUCUGUCACGCUCCCUAAGAUCCUCAGAGAUUCCUUCUCAGCACAGAAGACCAUUUCCUUGGCAGGCUGCAUCACACAGAUCUACUUCUUCCUUUGCUUUGGGGGCUCUGAGUGUGUGCUCCUGGCUGCCAUGGCCUAUGAUCGGUACCUGGCCAUCUGCUGCCCCCUCCACUACACAGCACUCAUGAGCAAGAAGAUCUGCUGCUACCUGGUGGCUGUCUCAUGGCUGAGUGGCUCCUUCUCGUCUCUGAUCCAGGCCCUCCUCGCAGCCCACUUACAUUUCUGUGGGCCCAUUGUGAUCAACCACUUGUUCUGCGAGAUCCCCUUCUUGCUGGAAGUGUCCUGCAGCCAUAACAUUCUUCUCAACAAGGCUGUCUCAUAUGCUUUGGCUGCGACUAUUGCCAUGGGCUCUUUCCUCCUUACUCUUGCAUCCUAUGUUCACAUCCUCCAGGUUGUGCUGCGGAAGGGAGCAGGGAGGCAGAAGGCCUUUGCCACCUGCACUUCCCACCUGAUUGUGGUGACCCUGUUCUUUGGCACUGGGGCUGUUACAUACCUGAUGCCUCGAUCCAGCAGCACCAAGAUGAACAAGAUCCUCGCCCUGCUGUACGCCAUUAUAACCCCCAUGCUGAACCCCAUCAUCUACAGCUUAAGAAACAAUGAGUUCCAGGGGGCCAUCAGGAAAGCCCUAUGCAGGGGCUUUCCUAAGGUCCCCCAAAGGCAGAGCAACCUCUGCCCUCACCUUGCGGAAGGUGACCCACUGUGAUGGGGGAGCUGGGACCCUCAGACCAGUGACAGGCAGAAGGGUGAACUCUGGGGAUGUGAGUAGAGCAGGAGUAGAUCCAUAAAACUGCUAUGCCUUGGCCACAGGUUUCCCAAUAAAUAAUUCUGGGACCUGUUUUCCUUAGAAAUAGGUAUUGUUCAGGUAAAGAAGUUGUACUGAGUGCCCACGAGAUGCCUGUGUUGUGACAGUGCCCUUGGUGAGACCUGUUUUUUUAAUCAAUCAUUUAUCUGCACUGGGGCUUUUUCAGGCUUUCUGGAAAGAGCUUUUAUUCCUAAGCAAAGCUCUUUCUGAGGUGAAAUAAUGCAAAGUGCAGUAGUAAUGCUGUGCUGUGAGCAUCUCCUGCUAAGUGCUGGAUAAUCUUGUCUGGGCUGGACUUGCAGAGCCGGAUGUCUUUCACUUAAUGCAAUAAAAUAUGGAUAAGUAGGAAAACCAUUGUCAUGGGAUUGAUCUUUGCAGUUUCAGGAAUCAAAGCCAACCCUGGGAGCAGACAUCUGCUUCUGCAUGCAGAAUGGUGGUGACGAGGCAGGAGUGUAGGUGGCACCUGAGCAUGCCCAGGGAGAGCAGAUUAUUCUGGCUCAUGCGAUGUUUUCAGAAAGAGCACAUGGGGCUUUUGGCAUCAUACAGAGCUGGAAUGACAUUGUUUGGUGGUUGCAGAUAAAGGGAAGUGAAAAGACCCUGCAACUGUAUCUCAGUGUGUACGAGAAGAUAGGCCUACAUGCGCAGUGAUCCUUCUUGGACCUCAGCUGAAUGCUGAGCUGAGCUGUCUUUGUAACCAAGGCUCUGAGAGGCUCCAAUUCUGCAGAAACUGUAGGAACUGGUUCUGUGUGAUUGGAGGCAGCCCCUCCUCUGCUGGAAAGAAGUGCUUCCCAGUAGGAACUCAGCACGAUUUAUCCAGUUGAAGUGAAGCUGUGGCACACACUCCCAUUGCAUAUCAGAAAGACAGAGCCAAUUCAGGAACCCAGUUUGUAAGACAGCUACAGAAUUGGCUGCUCCUUUGGCAAUAUGACAGGAAUGGACAAAAUGAGCUUAACAUAAAGAAAGCAAACA